UCGACUAGAAAAAAAAAGUUAUCCAGAACUUUACUGUAAUAUUUAAAUAAUAUUUUUUGUUAUAAGUCAGAGAAUUGUGUUAGUUGGUUUUCGAAUUAAUCACCAAGCAACUGAAUUUUCAAUUGAAAAUGUCUUCAAAAAUCUGUAAACUGUUGCUGCUAGCAUCGAUUUUCUCUUUCAUUCCAUCGUUGACAUCAUUUCACAUUCGCGUUUAUUUCCAUGAUAGACGUUCUUCCUCCAUAGACGGAAAAAAUAUCUGUAAAUGCAAAAAUUUAACAAAUGUGUAUGCUGCAAACAGUUCUAUAGAGUUAUUACCGAGUCGUUUCUUAGCUAAUUGUCAUAGUUUGGAAUAUUUGGUUCUAUCGAAUAACAAACUUACAGAAAUCCCAUAUGACGCAUUCUAUAAUUUAUCUAAUUUAUAUAGCUUAGAUUUAUCAGUAAAUCAACUCACCACUUUACCUAGAGACGUUUUCAAACCAUUAACUAAUUUAAUGUCCUUAAUAUUGACUGAAAAUCGAAUUGAAAUAAUUGAUUCAAAUAUGUUUUUUCAUAAUCAAAAUUUUGGUCAUUUAAACAUACAUUCAAAUAACCUGAGAACUAUUGAACCCAAAUCAUUUAUACGUACGUUUAAAAGAUUAUCAAACUCUUUGAAUCUGGCCAAUAAUCGUAAUUUAAAUAGUGAUGAUUUUUUUCAUGAAAUCGAUAAUUUUGAAGCAAUAAAUGUGGCAAAUUGUGGAUUUAAAGAACUUUUUAUCCCAAGGAAUGUUGACCAAAUUAAUGCAAUUGGCAAUGAUAUAUCUUAUAUCACGGCUCAUCCCAAUAGUACAUUGCGAUCCUUGUUUUUAUCACAUAAUAGCUUUACCAAUCUCUCACGUAUUCCAUCAUUAGUUAACUUACAAUCCUUGCUAAUUGGCAAUGGCAUUGAUCAUAUUAAUUUUUUUGAUCUUUCCCAUUUAAAAAAAUUAAAGUAUCUGCUUAUUGAAUUGAAUCCAAAACAGAAUAUUAGCGUUGCUGAAAUAAAGAAAAGUUUACCAUCUUUUAGAAAACUGUACAUAACAUCUCCUGAUUUAAGUAUCGAAAAGCAAAAACGGAUUUUAAAUGAUUUUAAAGAACACAAAUUAAAUAUUUCCAUUAAUGGUAAAGAAUACCCUUGGGAACGGGAACAAAAAGAGGUUAGCUCAUACAUAAGACAUACUUGUCACGAAUAUUUUGUUUGAAUACAAUUUUGUUUUUGUUUUUUUAGAAAUUUUUAAACAUACUACGUUGCUUUAAGACAUAAUAUAAAUAUAAAUUUAACGAACGAUAUAUAGGGAGAUAUUUUGCACUUUAAUUCGGUCUAAAAUCGUUACUUGUUUUAGUUAAUUGAAAGUGUGUAUAGAAUUGUAUUUAAUUAAUUUGCCAAUUUAAAGAGAGAUAGAGAAGAAGAAAAAGAAACACGAAAAUAGUCGUAUAAAGUUUUGAAAUUCGACACCAAAAUGAUCUUCGCAAUUUUUGUGUGUACUUUAAUUAUGCUGCUUAAAUAUAGCAGUGCAGUUAUAUUAUCGCAUCCACGCCUAGGAUUAAGAGAACUGUGGGAUGCAAACCUCCGAGAGCAUUUCGAAACAAUGGAUGUAGGAGAGGCCCACAAAAUACUGCAAGGUGAUUUUAAAUUUUGUGCACAAACGUAGCAAGCGUUAUACAUCUAUUCGGAAGAGAUAAGGUUGACAGUUGGUACUGUUACGAGCAAUAUUUCGAUGCUAUUGAAGCCAUAACACUAUUUAAUAAGACUGGAACUAUAUUCCACGAAGCAAGUAGAUAUAGAAAAGACCAUCCUAGUUGUUGGAUUUACAUGAAACAUCCAAUAGUUUGCCGUAUAUUCGACAUGGAACCUGGCGGCUCACAAAUUAUUUGUAUACAGCACUUCGUCGAUCAUAACUCCGAAAUUGAUCAGAGAAUAGUAUCAGUCCGGUUUUUAUUCGGUGAAAGAUUAAGGACACCGGUAAAAAAAGUACACUCUUCUCGAUAUGUUGAUGGUUUGUUUUCUUUAUAAAUUUAUUUUUUUUAU